UAAUUUAUGUGCGCCCCGUGAACUCCACCCGCGCCCUGCCCGAAGAAAGCUGAGACGGAGAGAGAUGGCCGCAUUUGUCUGGGUCGCGCUAUUCUUGGCCUUGGCUUCCCCACUGGAGGCUGGUCGGAACUUCGGAGUGGAGUCCCGGCCGGAGUCCGACCGGGUGACGGGUCUCCCCGGGCAGCCGCCGGUCGAAUUCCGGCACUACGCCGGCUACGUGAUGGUGGGGAGAGGGGUGGGGAAGGCCCUUUUCUACUGGUUCUUCGAGGCUCAGGGAAGAGCCGAGAAGAAGCCUCUCGUUCUCUGGCUCAAUGGAGGACCGGGCUGCUCGUCCGUGGCAUAUGGGGCUGCCCAAGAGCUGGGCCCAUUCUUGGUGCGAAGCAACGCUGCCAACCUCACAUUCAAUGCCUACUCCUGGAACAAGGUUGCUAACCUUCUGUUCCUCGAGGCCCCGGUUGGAGUGGGCUUUUCCUACACUAAUCGCUCAUCGGACCUGGAGGAGCUCGGCGAUCGGAUAACUGCCAAGGACUCGUACUCUUUUCUCCUGAACUGGUUCCAAAAGUUCCCAGAUUUGAAGUCGCACGACUUCUAUAUCGCCGGAGAGAGCUAUGCUGGGCACUACGUUCCCCAGCUUGCAGAGCUCAUAUAUGAAGGAAACGAAGGAGCAAGCAAAGAGUCCUAUAUAAAUUUCAAGGGUCUAAUGAUAGGGAAUGCAGUGCUGAAUGAUGCGACCGACCAGCUUGGGAUGGUAGAGUAUGCAUGGAGCCAUGCUAUUAUAUCAGACGAGCUGUAUGCUGCUGUCCUAAAGGAGUGCAACUCCUUCAAGGAGGAGUUGGGGGACGGGCGGCGUAGCAAUGCCUGCACCCCGGCCGUCAAGGCAUUCCUCCGAUCCUAUGCCGACAUCGAUAUAUACAGCAUCUAUACCCCGGUCUGCCUAUCCUCCCUCUCCAAAUCCUCUCGCCUGACCAAACUUGUCGCCGCUCCUCGUCUCUUCUCGGAGCUCCAGGAGGCUUGGCAUGGGAUGAGGAGUAUGCCGGCGGGGUAUGAUCCAUGCACUGAGGACUACGUAGAGAAAUAUUUUAACCGAGAGGACGUCCAGAAAGCGCUGCACGCCAAUCUCACCCACCUCUCUUACCCAUACUCUCCCUGCAGCGAAGUCAUACAGAAGUGGAGCGACUCCCCAUCCACUGUGCUCCCCAUCCUCAAGAAGUUCAUGAAUGCGGGCCUCCGAGUCUGGGUCUACAGCGGGGACACGGACGGGAGGGUCCCGGUGACGUCGACGAGGCACAGCAUCAACGCGAUGGGACUCCAUCCGAAGGAAGAGAAGGGGAAGAGGUGGGGAGGGUGGCGGGCGUGGUACCACAAGGAGCAGGUGGCUGGAUGGGCGGUGGAGUACGAGGAGGGGCUGACGCUCGCCACCGUGAGGGGGGCGGGGCACCAGGUCCCCCUCUUCGCCCCUGACCGUUCCCUCUCCCUCCUCUCCCAUUUCCUCCGGGGCCGACGCCUGCCUUCCUCUCGGUUUCCCAAGCCCUAAUUGGCAGGACCCGGCAGUACCGUGUUCUAGUCUGUAUCCCCGAGAGUGCUAAGUACUUAUUAUUUCACAAAUGAUAACUAUUCUUUCAACAUAGAAGGGAACGAGAGUGCAAGGAAACUCUUUAUUUUUUUUUAAUGUUAAAUUAGCGAUAUUGUGCUUGCAAGAGCAUAUGCCAAUUA